UCCAGUAACCAUGGCGUGUAGUGAUGAUGAGGAUAGUCCGGGAUCCACAGCGCCGCUCCGUCGUACGUCUGACUCGCCUGCAGAAGAGCCUCUAUUACUAUCAUCAGAUGAACAUCCAAAGAGACUGCUGUCACAGAAGAUGGAGACAGAGAAGGCGGUAGACCUGGACGACGUGCUGGCCGGCGAGCUGGGUCAGUUCGGGCGGUACCAGCUGCGGACGAUGCUGCUGCUGGUGCCGCCUCUCCUCCUGUCCGCCUUCCACAGCGAGUUCAUAUUCUCCGCCGCGGCGAUACCACACAGAUGCCGGAUAUCAGAGUGUGGUGAGGAAUCCCCCUUGGAUCUGUUCGAGCCGGAGUGGAUAGACAAUGCGGUGCCACGGUCCGGCUCGGCACUGGCCAGCUGCGCCCGGUACCAGCCCGUCGGUACCAACGGUACCACAGACUAUUGCCCUGAGAGUCUCUUCGAUCAAAACAACACUGUAGGCUGCGAAGGAUUCGUCUACGCCCGAGACAACUCCGUUGUGCAAGAGUUUGAUCUCGGUUGCAAGGAAUGGCUGCGAGUGUUGUCGGGGACUUUCCACAGCGUGGGCUUUCUCCUGACACUCCCUCUCACCGGCUACAUCUCGGACCGCUUCGGUCGCAAGUUUGCGCUUGUCCUCAGCAUUUUCAACAUGGCGGUGACAGGAUUGAUCAGAGCCUUCUCCAUUAACUACCCCAUGUAUAUGGCACUGCAGUUACUGCAGCCGACGCUCGGAGGAGGAGUAUUCACCACUGGAUACGUAAUAAUGACAGAGCUGGUGGGUCCAAAAUACCGAGUUUUAGCGAGUUCCACCGCCAUGUCAGUGAGCUCCGUGGGUCAGGUGGUGCUGGGCAUCAUCGCGUGGGUCAUGCAACCCUGGAGAUACUUCAUCAUGGCGCUGCACAUCCCUCUGUUCCUGCUCCUCUCUUACUACUUCAUCCUUCCGGAAAGUGUACGGUGGCUGCUGUCCAAAAGUAAAUUUAAGGAGGCUAAAGCAAUUUUAUUAAAAGUCGCCAAAGUCAACAAGACCAGUGUCAGCGAGAGCAGCUUAGAAGCUUUGACGAACCCAAAACAUCUUAAUCACUCACAGGAAGCACCACCGAAUCUUUUCAAGUCUAUCAUCAAGUCCCGGGUUAUGCUGCGUCGGGUCUGCACCACUCCGGUGUGGUGGAUCAGCGGCAUCUUUAUCUUCUUCGGCCUCUCCAUCAACUCCACUACUAUCUCGGACACCAUGUACCUGAACUACAUUCUCACCGCUACCAUCGAGAUCCCCGGGUACUUCCUGCCUCUACUCCUAUUGGACAGGAUCGGCCGACGGGCGACUCUGUCGGGCGGUUUCUUCUUCAGCUCCGCGUGUAACUUGGCGGUUAUAUUGAUUCCUAGCGGUUUAACCGCACUUCGCCUCAUGAUAUUCCUGCUGGGCAAGUUCGGCGCGGCGGUGGUGAUGAACAGCCUGUACCUGUACACGUCGGAGCUGUACCCGACCGCGCACCGCCACAGCCUGCUCAGCCUGUCCUCCAUGCUGGGACGAGUGGGAUCCAUCACUGCGCCGCUCACGCCUGUAUUGGGUAACUACUGGCACGGUCUCCCCUCCCUAAUGUUCAGCACUAUGGGGGUGAUAGCCGGUCUGCUGGUGCUAACGCAGCCGGAGACGCUCGGACAGAAGCUGCCGGACACCAUAGAGGAGGCGGAGGCACUCGGCAGAAAGAACAAAAUAUGUGGGUACAUUUCUCACGACCAGACUUUAGAAGAGUUGAAGAUGAGAGCGUUUGGGUCACUGAACACCGCUGACUUUAUCGAGAGAGAGUUGGCGGUGUCACAGAAGAUGGAUACAGAGAAGUCGGUAGACCUGGACGACGUGCUGGUGGACGAGCUGGGCCAGUUCGGGCGAUACCAGCUGCGGACGAUGCUGCUACUGGUGCCGCCGCUCGUCAUGUCCGCCUUCCUCAGCGAGUUCAUAUUCUCCGCCGCGGCGAUACCACACAGAUGCCGAAUAUCAGAAUGUGGUGAGGAAUCUCCCUUGGAUCUGUUCGAGCCGGAGUGGAUAGACAAUGCGGUGCCGCGGUCCAGCUCGGGGCUGGCCAGCUGCGCCCGGUACCAGCCCGUCGGUACCAACGGUACAACAGACUAUUGCCCUGAGAGUCUCUUCGAUCAAAACAACACUGUAGGUUGCGAAGGGUACGUCUACGCCCGGGAUAAUUCUGUUGUGCACGAGUUCGAUCUCGGUUGCAAGGACUGGCUGCGAGUAUUGUCGGGGACUUUCAACAGCGUGGGCUCUCUCCUCACACUCCCCCUCACCGGCUACAUCUCGGACCGCUUCGGUCGCAAGUUCGCGCUCAUCCUCAACAUAUUCAACAUGGCGGUCAUCGGUCUCAUCAGAGCCUUCUCCGUCAACUACCCCAUGUAUAUGGCGCUGCAGCUGCUGCAGACGACGCUCGGAGGAGGAAUAUUUAGCACUGGAUACGUAAUAAUGACGGAGCUCGUGGGUCCAAAAUACCGAGUCCUAGCGAGUUCCACCGCCACGUCAAUGUACUCCGUGGGUCAGGUGGUGAUGGGCACCGUGGCAUGGGUCGUCCAGCCCUGGAGAUACUUCAUCAUGGCGCUGCACAUCCCUCCGUUCCUGCUCCUCUCCUACUACUUCAUACUCCCGGAGAGCGUGCGGUGGCUGCUAUCCAAGAAAAAAUUCAAGGAGGCUAAAGCAAUUUUAUUGAAAGUCGCCAAAGUCAAUAAAUCCAGUAUUAGCGACAGCAGCUUAGAAGCUCUGACGAACCCAAAAUCCCUUAAACACUCACAGGAAGCACCACCGAAUCUUUUCAAGUGUAUCAUCAGGUCUCCGAUCAUGCUGCGUCGGGUCUGCACCACCCCGGUCUGGUGGAUCAGCGGCAUCUUCAUCUUCUUCGGCCUCUCCAUCAACUCCACAACUCUCUCCGACACCAUGUACCUCAACUAUAUACUUACCGCCACCAUCGAGAUCCCCGGGUUCUUCCUGCCGCUGCUCCUGUUGGACAGAAUCGGUAGACGAGCGACUCUCUCGGGCGGUUUCUUCUUCAGCUCCGCGUGUAACUUGGCGUUUAUAUUUAUUCCUAGUGGUCUGACCGCACUCCGCCUCACGAUAUUCCUGCUGGGCAAGUUCGGCGCGGCGGUGGUGAUGAACAGCCUGUACCUGUACACGUCGGAGCUGUACCCAACCGCGCACCGCCACAGCCUACUCAGCCUAUCUUCCAUGCUGGGACGAGUGGGAUCCAUCACUGCGCCGCUCACGCCUGUAUUGGGUAACUACUGGCACGGUCUCCCCUCCCUCCUGUUCAGCACCAUGGGCGUGAUAGCUGGUCUGCUGGUGCUGACGCAGCCGGAGACACUCGGACAGAAGCUGCCGGACACCAUAGAGGAGGCAGAGGCACUCGGCAGAAAGAAUCAAUAACCAUGCUU